ACGUCUCCUGUUACUGUGAAAUAGAAACUGAAAGCUUAAGUCAAAGAUUUGGACGCAUCGGAGGGAGAAGGUCACUUUCACUAUGUCAUCAGACGAGGAUUUCUCCCUGGUGACGGACAACCAGCCGUCCGAGGACACCCUGGAGGGGGUCAGAGCUUUGAUUAAGGACUUCAAGAAACGGUACGGUUUGCUGCUGGAGGAGCAGAAGGAGCUGGCCGACGGCACCGCUGACCAGCGGGAGAUGGCCCGCCAGUUCCGGCAGCGGGCCGAGAAGAUCUCCCAGGACCUGGAGGAGGACCGGCGGCUCCAUGGGGAGCAGCUGACCGACGGGAAGAUGAGGCUGGAGUUGCUGAGGCAGGAGGAGGCCGACCUGGAGAAGGAGAUCCAGAAAAUGAAGACGGCCAUGAAGGAGGAGGAGGUGUUCUCCGCCAUGCCCGAGAGGAGGUUCGUCUUCAGGGGCCAGACGGGGGACGCGGACGCCUGGAAAACGUUCGACAUGAAGCCGGACGUCAGCUACCCGAUGGCGGGGGGGACGGCGCUGGUCACCUUCGAGGAGGAGGAGGGUGAGCGAAGAGCGGAGAGAGUGGCUCUCGGUCAGAAAUCUGACCGGGUAAACCAGUGGCUGAGGGCGUUUUCUGUCCGGUCCUCAGUGGCCAGUAACAUCCUGAGCAUGGGGACGCACACGGUGGAGCUGGAGGGCGAGUGCAGAGUCCAGGUGGAGGCCCGGCCCGUCCAGCUGAUGGUGCCCAGCCUGGUGGAGGUGGACUCGGAGGUCUGCCCCCACCGCGUCCUGGUCUCCAGCCUGCCCAGGAUGGACACCGAGACGCUGGUCAACAAGCUGGAGAUCCACUUCUCCAAGAGGAAGAACGGCGGCGGGGAGGUGGACGCGUGCGAGUUCCUGCCCGACUCCGGGACCGUGGAGACCCUGCAGGACAUCCUGGAGAUCCACUUCCAGAAACAGGACCACGGCGGGGGGGAGAUCGAGGCCUUCUUCUACAACCCGCCGGGGGGGCGGGCCCUGGCGCGCUUCGCAGACCUGUCGGCCGGUUUGGAGGAGGAGGAGUAG